UGACAGUCCGUGCCAUGGUAGAGAACUAGCUAACUGGCUGUGAUGAAGCAGAAAGCAAGAGCAUCCUGUGAACUGUUUACAAUCUAAAGAGACUGGACUCUGCCUAUGUACAGGAUAAAGACCAAUUUAAUAGUCAUAUUUCCACAACUGUGACUAAGUACCAGACUCACGCUGCCAAAAUGAUGGAAGAAAUAGACCGAUUCCAAGUGCCGACUGUUCAUUCGGAGAUGCAGCCCUUGGACCCAGCAGCAUCUUCCACCUCAGAGGGAGACUCGGACACGAGAGAGGGAGAGUCCGUGGCCAUGAACUACAAGCCAUCCCCACUUCAGAUGAAAAUCGAGAAACAGAGAGAGCUGGCCAGGAAGGGCUCGGUGAAGAACGGAACGGUGGGAAGCCCUGUCAAUCAGCAGCCCAAGAAGAACACCGUCAUGGCCAGAACACGGUUGGUCGUUCCCAAUAAAGGCUACUCCUCUUUAGACCAGAGCCCGGAUGAGAAGCCGUUAGUAGCAUUGGACACAGACAGUGACGACGACUUCGACAUGUCCAGAUAUUCCUCAUCGGGAUACUCCUCAGCCGAGGUGAGAUGUCUGAGGGACCAGCAAAUAAACCAAGACCUGAACAUCCAGCUGCUGAAGGAUGGGUACCGGCUGGAUGAGAUCCCAGACGAUGAGGACCUCGACCUCAUCCCCCCCAAAUCGGUCAACCCCACCUGCAUGUGCUGCCAGGCCACCUCCUCCACCGCCUGCCAGAUCCAGUAGCCUGCAUUAACCCCCCCCACACACACACCCAUCCAAAUAACCCCCCCUCGCCAUCUGCAGUGAGUUUACUUCACCACCAGAGCGGCGACCGAGCGCGAUGAUUUAAAAAUAAAACAACGGUAAUAAUUAAUAAAGAAGGGAAUGAAAAGGUUGAAUUAAAAUAUAUUUAAAAGAAGUAAGAGAAAACGCAAACUAAGACUAACAGUCAUUUCUUCCUCCUAUGGUAGGAUAUGUAUGUCACUGUGUUGUAGAGCCAGUUUAAAACGGAUUCCAGGUCUGAGGGAAUUGAGGUGGCAACCCCUUUGCCAAUGUUCUGAUAGCACCCUUUGUUUGUUGCGAAUAAAUAUCUGUUAAAAUAGAUCUAAAGAAGAAUUGUAAAAACACAACAAAUAUUUUCCGGAGAAACCGGUUCAAAGAUGUCUGCCCCUCAUCAGUCCUAGCUUCUUUUUGGCUUGAUUUUUAUUUCUUUUUUUUUUUUUUACUGGAAUAUUCUGGAAUGAUUGUGCUGUAUGCUGAAAUGAAGGAUGUAAUAUCGUAUGGGGGUUGGGGAUGUAAAUAAGGGAAGCAUAAUGAUGCCUCUGACUCUUUUUCUUGGUACUGACAUUUUUCUUGGGGAGUUUUGUGAAUAAAUCUCCUAUUCACAACACUGAAAGUCAUACUGUGUAGCAAACAUUAGGGAGUUACACCUGUCUACAGUUUAGUGAACACUCAUUUUUAUUUUUAUUUAAUGUCUAGUACAUUACAGUAUUUCAUUUUUGUAACAUUGUAUAGAGGCAAAUGGAUUGAGGAGAGAUUUAUCGUGCUCCGUGCUUUUUUCUCACCGAUAGCAGUUUAUUUUUCUGUCACUUGUAAUUCAGAAAACCCUGCAGUAAAGGGUCAGAGAAUAUCUUAAUAUCUCUGAACAUAUUUCAUUUAUUUUGAUGACAACGUGUUGACAACGUUCUGGAUCAUGUGGAGUCGAAAGGAUAGAAGACAAAAAUAUAAGAUUGUCAAGGUUUUGGAGUGGCUUGUACACAACCUUGCAGGCCACGGUGUUGCCUCCAUGAUGAGCAUUGUGUUACUCACCAGUCCAGUAGCAGUGCAGUAUGUUUUGUCCAAACACAGUUUUAAGACACCACCCUAUCCACCAUGCCCUGUGUAGACCACCGUAUGCUCACGCUAUGGAGUUGUACAGUUAUCAAUGUCCCCACAAAACGGAGUGUGGGCUGAUAUGUGGAAGGAACAUUGUCUCUUCUGAGGUCAGACAGGGUAGCCACAGAAUAAAGAUACCAAAAUGUCCCAAGACAGAAUUGUUACUUUCCAGCUUCCACAUUAACAAAAGCUCAUGGGACUUGUUAUGAGGUCGGGUAGGGGCUUAUCGAAUUUGGUUUGUGGGACUUCGUCUGAGGUAGGAUAGAGGGCUUAUCAAAUUUUGUUUAUGGGACUUGUCCAGAUGCAUGUCUGGGUCCAGUGACUCACCUGUUCCCCAGAGAAUCGACGCGUUGGCCGCAAAAUGGCUUCCAGUUAGCCAGUCAUCCUAAAGGAGGUGACGAGGCAACCUUCUGGAGGGGAGCCUGUACUUUGUUGCACGUCGCUCUGGAUAAGUGUGUCUGCUCAAUGCUUUGUUAUGUAAUGUAAUGAGCCUAACUUCCGUCUCCCAUCUCCUGUUUGUAAUGUGGACCCUUUUGAUGAAAAUAUCAAACCUUCUUCAUAUGCUGUCAGAGACUGAAAGGCAGCAGCUAAAGUGCAUCAUCAUCUGUGGGUAGCUCCACAGUGCUGAGAGAAACCCCCAAACAGUGGACUGGCAGGGGAGGGGUGCUAAUAACUGAGGGGUGCCGUUCAUAAGAACCGUGGCUGCCCCAUGUGUUUACUCUGCGCCUUAAGGCAGCAGACAUUUCUAGAAUUCAUCUCCACUCAAACUGCCAUUUACAGUGAUGGCUCUGCCUCUCUGGUUGCUGUUGGCAAUUUGCUUGGCGGUGAUGAUCGAUGGCGUUUGGUUUGUGUUGUGGGUGAAGUUCCCUGGAAAAGACACUUUAGCAUUUUCCUUUCCAUCUGCUUUGCAGUCUGGUUGUCUGCAUUGAUUUAGUUUUGUAUUUUUUUGUGUGUGUAUCUGCUUGUGUAUCUGCUUUGGCUGGGAGUUGGCUUUUAUUGGGGAAAAUAAGUGUGUUGGUCAGGAGAGGAGAUGCUGGUUUGCUGAUUUCUAUCCCAACCGGGUGUUAUUACUGCUAAAUGGCCCUCUUGAGUUUUUUAUUCAUGUAAUGGCACAUGCAAAAAUUUACUGUUUGCAUGUGACAAGUGGAAUUUUCUUACCCCACUGGCAAAUCUUUAAUGAGUCAAACUGUCUGACCUCAUUGCCAAUAAAAUAUCAAAAAAAGUAAUACUAGUAAGAUUUUAAGGCUAAAUAUAAGACUUGUACUCGCUCGUACAGAUUGACUUAUUCUUUUGUAUUUUGCAGUGAUUGCAGGACUAGAGUCCCUGGGUUGUGUGACACUGAUGUUGAUUGGCUGAAAUUCCUCCAAUAACAUGCUCAGGACAUUAACAAAGAGCUGUCUUUACUGCAACUUUUUAGAACCACUCCAAACUGUUCCCCAGAUGGAGAAACGGUGCCAAACAUACAUACGUGAGAUACUGUACGUGGAGUUUUGAAAUACAGUGUAAAUAUAGUAAAAUGUAAUCCUCCCAGACACUUCCCAUGAUGCAUUGCUGCUGUACAUACUCCCUGAUGUAAUGGCUUUGGAUGCGAUUGGCUGAGCUCCACUUGUUGAUGAUCCCAUCCAAUCAGGUCUCUUGCCCUGCUUUCGACAAGGUCAAAGCAGAUACAGUCCAGCAAAAACACAACCGCCCCUUGUUUUUCAGCCAUUCUGUAGACCAAAGAUACGGUCGCCCUUGUUCGCCAAAGUUUGAACAUCUCAUCCAGUGAAAGGAUGAACCGUGCUUUGAAUAUGGGUGAGAAGCACAGAGAACAUCCGCUAACCUGCUUACCCGCUAACCGGGUCCCCACAGACCCCAGUGUAUUACACGAUCACACUCCAGUAUUCAUAUGAACGGCAUUUUUGCCUCUGAUCCUAGGGUUUUUUUCCUAGCUUUUCUUGGCUUGUGUGACACGGGAGAAGCUUGUGAACUGGGGACUGGGGGGUCUGAGGGACUGCAGGCUCCCAGUGGAAAUAUUUAGGUUUUUAAUUUCCCCAAAAUUGUGAGAUCACAAGCACAAGAUUGGCUGUGUUACUGUAAGGUACUCUGCCCUGCUUGUAAUAAGCACAUUAGCGCGCUAGCCGAAAUCAUGUUAUGUCAUUAGGGGAAUGGUGAGGUUCUGUUAUUUGAAUUGGAAUUUAUAUUUUCUCACUGUAGAUAUGUUGAAAGAGACACAUAAUCUUUAUUGAACCCCAUGGGGUAUUUUGUCCUCUGCAUUUGACCCAUCUUAGUUGCUUAGGGCAGCCACCUUGCAGCGCCCAGGGAGUAAUGAGGGGUUAAGGGCCUUGCUCAACAGCUGUGCAGAUGUCUUAUCAUGGCUACACCUGGGCUUGAACCACCAACCUUCCAAGUCGCAGUCAUGUACCUUAGCCACUAGGCUACAGGCUUCCCUGUAGUAUAUUGCAGAUAAUACACAUAUUCCCCACAAUGGUUUUGUGGGAGGUUACCAUGGAAACGGUUGCUUCCUGUCAUUAGUGCAGUUUUGGGCAAUUUGUGGCAAACUGUAAUGACCACCAGGGUCUGUGAGAUUUGUAGUCAGCAGUGUAGAUGCUUUAUUAUUACUGAACACCGUUAUUUAUGCGUGCAAACGCUGACCCAGAUUUGUGCCCAGAAAACCGAGAGAGAUAUCACGAUUCGUCAAAAGGUGUCAAAGAUAAAUGGGUUUGUUUAUUCAACUACUAAAUGUGAGGGGCCACCAGACUCCCUCAGGAAGCAGAGAUGAGUAAUGAAUGUGCCAGCCAGAUUGUAAUAUUGAACACUUUUUAUAUAUUUUUUUAAAUGAGUAUUUUCUUAGCCACUUUGUGUCACAUGACUUAGACCUUGUUGUGUACCACAAAGAUGGCCAUCAUUGCUUAUCCUCCCUUGGCCAAAAUCCAGGUGAACAUCAGCACCCCCUGCCUGUAACUCUCUGUUACUGUCACUGAACCUAGUGAAUGGCAGGACCAUGGAUCAGCAACUCAUGGUCCUCCAGGGUCGAGAACUGCUGACCCCCCGCCCCCUUUACCUGGGAGUUGGUGAUCCCUGCUGUAUGGACUCCACCUCACUGAUCACAUGCAACAACCGCCUCCAUCCACCUAGUAAAAUAAAGGGGAAUCAGUGGGAAAUGCUAAUCGUUGAAGGGAAAUUUAUACAGUGCGUGUGUUUAACAAGAUUUGAACGGAAUCGGGUUCUAUAUCGUUGCCUGGUUCUGAACAAAUGUACGAACGAUGCAUGAUUGAAUGCUCUUUCUCUGGCAGAUUUGUGGACCUGUGUCUAAGUCCCCUCUGUGUGAAAUGUUGCAGGGACAUGCAGUUUGCCUCUAAAUUAUUCACUCCUAAUUAAAAUUCCUCUUUCAACACCAAAAGCGUUAGCAUUAGCUGUUCUCCACACUGAGAAGCACUCUCUGGGGUAAAGUGUGCAUUUCAGCAUCGUUCUUUUAAAUGCAACACUUUGUAUGAUGUAUAGAGUGUAUAGUUUUGCACGCAUAAUGAUGUUUGCCAUUUCUUGCUACAAGUAAUUCAAAUACUGGACCCAGUGCCAGAAUCGCAGAAUCGAAGAUUAAAACUGAUUAAUCCAUCACCAUUUAUAUAAAGUUCUGCAGCCAAUGGCAUUAAGAAACACAUUUUGACCGGAAUAUUCAUCAUAGAAAUGCAAGAACUUAAACCUCUGCCUGACUUGACUUACAGACAAAAGCAUGUUGUGGUGAAACGUAGUCCAGGCUCCGUGGAGAAGCAAUGUUCCUUCCGUUCAGAGACCUGUUAGAUAGGGGAUAUUGAGGAGAGCAGGGCCACUUUCCUCCAAUCAGUCCAACAGGCAAACAUGUUGUAUGUUGUGUUUUGUUUCAGCUCUGAAAUGACCUAAGUGGUCUCUAUACUGUUCCGUCUGGAUGAGUGGAAAGCUUUUUUUUUUUUUUUUAUAUCCUCUUUUAAUCUUGUUUUUCAGUCCCACGUCUUCAAACAUUGUGUCCCUUCUCCGGUAGAGAAGAUGAUGCAAAGCUCACUUUUUUUUUCUUUUCUUGGUUGCAGUGUCAGACUUGCUCACGGCUCUGAAUACAUUUGCUACAUUAGAGUAUGCCUUAAGUGAUGUAUUUUUUAGAACUUAUAUUUAUUUCCAGUGUUAUGUUUUAAUUUAUUUGAGAUAUUAAAAAGUAUGCAUUUUUUUAACAUAGACACAGUUUUUUUUAUUAUUAUGAUUAUAAAUGUGAACAUUUCCAUACCAGUAUUUAACAAUGUUAUUGUUCUGUGUAGUGUAACAUAUCAAUAAAUACAAGAAAAGAGA